UCGUUGCUUCUCUUUCUCUCUCUAACACAAACCCACACACGCACACCCACCCCACCCAAGUCACGACCAUCAAUUCUUUUAUAGCCAUCGUCUUCCUUCCAUUCACAGCCUCCAUACGUUCAAAGUUUCAAUCUUGUUCAACUUUUGUGCACGGCCUUUGUGAUCAUUCGUCUCCUAACACAAAUUUAAGUUCAUCUAACAAGCCAAGGUUAAAUUUCAAUUGUAUUAAGUUCUUUGGGGUUGGGGAGGAAGGUAGAAAAAAAUUUCCCUUUGCAUGGGAAAAGAAUGCCGGAUUUGAGAAGUGGAGUUCGGCGAUCAAAGAGGGUCAAUAAUGUCCAAGAGAAUGCUGACGUUGUAGUUCCAGCUGUUUGUCCUGGUGCUGGAAAAGGUCCAGCUGGUAGAGGCAGAGGUAGAGGGUUUAGAACUAUGAAUCAAGGUAAGAAUGCCAAGCCUCUUGGUACUGGAGCUGGUGGCCGGGGACGCGGGGCUUUGGAUUUACCAGGGAGAGAGGUGGUUGCCAUUCAGGAUGAGCCGGUGGUUCAGAAAAGUGCGGAAAAAUUAGCUGCUGCUGGAAAGGAGGGAAGCACAAGUCCACUUCCUGAAAGAGUUCAGGUUGGUAAGUCCCCUGUGUACAAGUUAGAUAGAAAGCUAGGCAAAGGGGGUUUUGGGCAAGUAUAUGUUGGAAGAAGAGUGACCGGUGGAGCAGGGCGCUCUGGGUCUGAUGCCUCUGAGGUUGCUUUGAAAUUUGAGCAUCGAAAAAGUAAAGGAUGCAAUUGUGCUCCUCCUUAUGAGUGGCAAGUAUAUAGCACUCUUAAUGGGUGCUAUGGACUACCCUUGGUCUAUUACAAAGGUCAACAAGGAGACUACUAUAUCCUAGUGAUGGACAUGCUAGGCCCUAGUUUAUGGGAUGUCUGGAACUCUAGCAACCAGUCGUUGUCCGUAGAGAUGGUUGCUUGUAUAGCAGUGGAGGCAAUAUCAAUUCUAGAGCAGCUUCAUUAUAAAGGUUUUGUACAUGGAGAUGUUAAGCCAGAGAACUUUUUGCUUGGUCAGCCUGGAACACCUAAUGAAAAGAAGUUGUAUCUUGUUGAUCUUGGUUUGGCUUCAAGAUGGAAGGAUGCUUCUUCUGGUCGUCAUGUUGAUUAUGACCAGAAGCCUGAUGUUUUCAGGGGAACCGUUCGUUAUGCAAGUGUACAUGCUCAUUUGGGUAGGACAGGGAGCCGAAGGGAUGACCUUGAGUCAUUAGCAUACACCCUAAUAUUUCUCCUUAGAGGGAAACUUCCCUGGCAAGGUUAUAUUGGAGAAAACAAAGGAUUUCUUGUUUGUAAGAAGAAGAUGGCAACUUCUCCUGAGAUACUAUGUUGCUUGUGUCCUCCUCCUUUUCAACAAUUUUUUGAGAUGGUGACCAAUAUGAAGUUUGAUGAAGAACCAAAUUACUCAAAGCUAGUUUCCCUUUUUGACAACAACAUGUGUUCCAAUGCAACAUUGCGACCUAUCAGAACUGAUGGAGCUAUAAAGGUGGGUCAAAAAAGGGCAAGAUCACUUGUUGAGUUAGAAGAUGGUGGGCAGCUUAAUAAGAAAGUUCGACUAGGAACUCCUGCCACCCAAUGGAUCUCAGUCUAUAAUUCCCGAUCAGCAAUGAAGCAGAGGUAUCACUACAAUGUUAUGGAUUCAAGACUAAACCAGCAUGCGGAUAAAGGAAGAGAAGAUGGUUUGUACAUUAGCUGUGUAUCUUCAUCAUUGAAUUUGUGGGCCAUCGUUAUGGAUGCAGGGACAGGUUUCACAUCCCAGGUUUAUGAACUAUCACCCAUGUUCUUGCAUAAGGAGUGGAUAAUGGAACAGUGGGACAAGAAUUACUACAUCACUUCAGUGGCUGGUGCAUGCAAUGGCAGUGCCUUGGUGGUAAUGUCCCAAGGGGUGCCUUACACUCAGCAGUCCUACAAAGUCAGUGAUGUUUUUCCUUUCAAAUGGAUCAAUAAGAAGUGGAAAGAAGGCUUUUCAGUCACCUCCAUGACCACUGCAGGUAGCAAAUGGGGUAUUGUCAUGUCCCGAAAUGCAGGUUAUUCUAAUCAGGUUGUUGAACUUGAUUUCCUCUAUCCAAGUGAAGGGAUUCAUAGAAGAUGGGAGGGUGGAUAUAGGAUCACCUCUACUGCUGCUACUGCAGAUCAAGCUGCAUUUAUACUUAGUGCACCCAAGAGGAAAUCACUAGAUGUGGCACAAGAAACUCUGAGGACAUCAGCUUUUCCUUCUAACCAUGUUAAGGAGAAAUGGUCAAAGAAUUUAUAUAUCUCAUCUAUCUGUUAUGGGAGAACAGUGUCUUGAAGUUUCGGACUUGGAUAGAAGAAGAAAUUGCACUUGCAUUGUUAGCAGGCUGGCGAUUGCAUGGCACCACCUGUUAUUGGUCCUAUUGCUGGGGCUUUUGAGUGGCUCGGAAUGUUUUGGAGUAAGCAUAAAGUUGCUUUCAUUCAUGUAGUCUUGCCUGCGAAGAAAAGCGUACAGAAAGAAGCUUGAAUUAUGCCGGCAUCAUUCUUUUUGGUCAUGUCUGGCAGAGGCUGUUCAAUUCUGUACAGUUCCCUGUGGAUGGGGUUUAUCCUAUGUUUUCUGUAAUAGUUUGAUACGAAUAGGAUCAGCAAUUUGAAACCUUUAAUAGGCCGUUAAAGUUUGAAAAAGGAUCAGAGAUGUUCGACAGCUCUGUUAGUGCUGCAACAGUGGUUUACCUCAAAAUAUGUCAUGUCAUUGUUAUGAUCAUAAAGGCUUGUAUCAUUAUCAAUGGAUGUAUGUUGUAACAAUAUUACAUAUUUUUUUUUUAUGAAUUAUAAUGAGUUUCAUUAGAAAAA